AUGUCGCCCAUCAAGACAGCCAUCAACUCAGACAAGGCCCCUCCCCCAAGAGAGGGUGUCCUCAACUCGGCCAUCGUGUCAGGUGGCUUCGUCUUCUGCAGCGGGCAGCUCGCGCGGAGCCCCGAGACGGGCAAGAUGGUCGAGGGAGAUAUCCAGGCACGCACACAUCAAGUGAUCCGCAAUCUGGCCGCGUUGCUCGAGGCUGCAGGCAGCCACAUCGACAACGUGGUCAAGGUCAAUGUGUUCCUGGCCGAUAUGAAGGAUUUUGACCAGAUGAACGAAGUGUACAAACAGUACUGGGGCAGUGUCAAGCCCUCUCGGACAUGUGUGGCCGUCAAGACGCUGCCUGGUGGCACAGAUGUGGAAAUUGAGUGUGUCGCCGCGGUGGGUGCUGGUGCCAGAGCCAAGCUCUGA